ACGUAUUUUGAACUGCUUGCGGUGUUGGAUUGAAAGUGUUGUGGCGAGCGGCUGACAUUUCUCUUUCAUUUCCACUCCACGGCGUUUUUUUAAGUCGGCAGACGUGUACGGGUCUAGCAGAAACGGAAGCAUUUCAGUAACUUUUCUAACUAAAAACACCUGAAUUAGUUGAAAAACUAAUCUUUUAUUGCAUACGAAAAUCUGUUAGUUUACACUGUACAUCAGGUCAAGGAAAUAUUAAUAUUCGUUAAAUAGCAUUUCUGUUAUAGAAAUUCUAACCAACGUAAUACACUCCAGGUUAAAAUGACGAAUUUUGUGUAUGCUAUUGUGCUGGGAUUAUUUGCCCUGAGCCAUCUAGGAGUUGCCAAUGAAGAUAAUGCUGCACGGUUACUGGUGUCAAAGCAGAUUCUGAACAAAUAUCUUGUGGAGAACCGCGACAUUGUCGUUAAAUACACGCUGUACAAUGUUGGUUCCGGAGCCGCUCACAAUGUACAGCUAGUUGAUAAUGGAUUCCACCCGGAAGCAUUCACCGUGAUUGGCGGACAAUUGACGGCUACCAUCGAUCGUAUCGCACCGCAAACCAACGUGACACAUAUUGCCGUGGUGCGGCCGAAAGCUUACGGUUAUUUCAAUUUCACCGCAGCCGAAGUAAACUAUCAGCCGACAGAGGAGACUGCCAAUCUACAGUUUGCUGUCAGCUCGGAACCUGGUGAGGGAGCAAUCGUGGCCGAAGCACAGUUCAACAAACAAUUUUCGUCGCACUAUCUGGAUUGGUUCGCGUUCGCCAUUAUGACUCUGCCGUCGCUGGCCAUCCCCUAUGCGCUGUGGUACAGUUCCAAGACCAAAUACGAGCUGUUGGGCAAACCUUUGAAAAAAGCUAAUUAGGGAAUAGGUUACUCCUCCUAUAUAUUGUUAGGAGACAUAUGCUGCCGUUAUAAGCAUAUUUGUUCCAUAUUCUAUGGGAUUCCCUAUAUAAAUGGAACAAUUAUGCGUAGAACGGCUGUAUGGGGCGGGCUGGAAACGGGGCAGAUUUUUACUGCCUCGCCUUAGAGUCGAGUUUUUCUGAAAGACUAAUUUAUUCGAAGUAAGUGCGUGUAUUUGUUUCAAUUCUCAUCUUUAGAACGGCAGUUUUUGUUGAAGGCUAACAAAAGUUGAACAACGUUAAAGAGAUCAUUAGUUUGUAUAUGCAACGCAGAACCAUAUUGUUUUGUUACAUCAAAUCGUACCAUGAAAUACAUCGACAGAAAAGCAAGUUUUUCGCUAGCUUAA